AUGCUGGAAUAUUCCCAUCAGCCUGGGAGUGAAGCAGAGCUGAACACGAAGAACAUGACUGAUUCAGAAUUCUGCAGAAUGGAGCAUGAAGAGACUGAAGAACAAGGAGACUUAAUGGAACAGAUGGAGGAGAAUGAAGAACUGAGUGAAGGAGAGGAGAAAAAUCAUCAUGUCAAAACUGGAGAAAAGUCAUUUAGGAAAGCCAAAACUUCUUGCCCUCAGACUGGAAAGAGAUUACCAAACAAAAAAAGUCUUAAACUUCACACAAGCAUUCAUGAUGGAGAGAAGAUGCACACGUGUGAUCAGUGCGGGAAGAGUUUUGCACGAAAAGGAAACCUGAAGAUACACAUGACAAUCCACAGUGGAGAGAAACCGCACUCAUGUGAUCAGUGCAGGAAGACUUUUACACGAAAAUGUAGUCUUAAUGAACACAUAAAAAUGCACACAGGAGAGAAACCGCAUGCAUGUGAUCAGUGUGGGAAGAGUUUCGCACGAAAAGAUCACCUUAAGGAUCACAUAAAAAUCCACACUGGAGAAAAGCCGCACUCAUGUGAUCAAUGUGGGAACAGUUUUAAAUCUAAAGUAAACCUUAAACACAUGAAAAUCCACACGGGAGAAAAAGCUCAUGCGUGUGAUCAGUGCGGGAUGAGUUUUGCACAAAAAGGAAACCUGAAGAUACACAUGACAAUCCAGAGUGGAGAGAAACCGCACUCAAGUGAUCAGUGUGGGAAGAGUUUUGCACGAAAAGAUCACCUUAAGGAACACAUGAAAAUCCAUACUGGAGAGAAGCCGCACACUUGUGAUCAAUGUGGACAGAGUUUUGCCCAAAAAGGAGCCCUUAAUGCUCACAUGAAGAUCCACACUGGACAAAAGCCAUACCCAUGUGAUCAAUGUGGGAGUUUUACAGAUGCAAGCACUCUUAAAAUACAUCUGCGUUCGCAUUCUGGAGAAAGGCCAUUUCACUGUGAUCACUGCGAGAAAACCUUUACAUCAGCUUCAGACCUAAGGGUCCACCUGAAAAUUCAUACAAAUGAAAAGCCUCAUAUGUGUUCUGUGUGUGGAAUGAGUUUUAGCAUUCUGAGUGGCUUAAAAGUACACCAGAAAAGACAUACUGGUGUGAAGGAUCACAUGUGCUUUGAUUGUGGGAAGAGCUUUUUUACUGCUGCUGAGCUGAGACUGCACAAGACUGUUCACACUGGAGGAAAGCCUUACAAAUGUUCAUACUGUGACCAGAGAUUUGAUUGGCUGCAAUAUGUGAAAAUACAUGAGAAGAUCCACACUGGAGAGAAGCCCCCAGAACUGCCGGCCACCAAGCUCAAGUCAAGCCCCCAGCCGCUUCAAAGUCAAUCUUCUGGCCGCUCCAAAGUCGAGCCUGCUGGCCGCUUUACUCUCCAGCCUAGAGGUGGCUCCUGUUCCUACGUCCAGCACAGAGAGGGCUUCUGUUCUCACGUUUAG